AAGAAUAAACGGGAACUAUUCAUUCUAAACUGUACUGGUUUCGCCCGGACGGAAGUAGUGGUGCACAGUCAACACUGAUGGAGAGCGAAACGUUGAAUGUGAAAGCUUAUCGGUGGGUUCUAUAAAUCCAUUGAAUUGUUUUCUCAUCGAACGUCACACAAUCGGGUCGCCAUGCCGACCGUGAUCUUGAUCGACGUGUCUCUGUCCAUGACACGACCCGUGUCGCUGGAUGGCAGCGAGGAGUUUCAGAGGAAGAACCUGGCUGUCCACGGAUUAAACAUGUUAUUUGAACACAUGGCCUCAAACUACCGCUUGGAGUUUACCUCACUGAUGGCCUUCUCUUCCCUCUGGGAGCUCCUGGUGCCUUUCACCAGAGAUUACAAUGCACUGCAGGAGGCUCUGGGCAACCUGGAAGACUAUGACAAGACAUGUGUUGAAUCCGCUCUUAACGGAGUUAGUAACGUGGUACAGCAGGAGUGGGGCAGUGCCUGUCCAUGUCAGGUGGUGCUGGUUACUGAUGGAUCUCUGGGUAUUGGAAAGGGUUCCCUUCGUCAAUCCCUCCAAUCACUCAAGCAUCGAGGGGAUGAUAAGAAGUUCCCACUCCCUUUCCCUUUCCCUACCAAACUGUUCAUCAUGUCUGUAGCCAAUGCAGAGGAGUUGCAGAUGACCGAUUCCAUGGACAACUUGGAGGAGCUGCUUCGUCUCAGCGGAGGCGACGGACAGAUCUUUACUGUGGAGGGACCACUUUGCAUGAAGAGCGUACAGGCCAUGUUUGGGAGGCUGAUUGAUCACGCAUACUCUCCCUUCCAUGCUGUCCUGCACUGUGGGAACCUGUCCUCAGACGUUCAGGUCUUCCCUCGGCCUGAGCCUAUUGUGAUGGAUGAAGAAGUGGAGCCCAUGCCCCGAUCAGUCAAUAUAGAUUUGGAGAUUGUGGGCUUCAUUGAAAUUGCUGACAUUUCCAGUCCUCCUGUUAUUUCCAGACACUUAGUAUUGCCUAUUAAUGUAAACAAAGAGGUGGAUGAAGUUGGCACGGGUACCACCGACGAGCUUGAAGAGGAACCUUCAGCCAGUCAAAUGGCAGGCAAAAGUCCAAAUUUCUGUGUACUUUUGCACGGCAGCCUGAAGGUAGAGGGCAUGGUGGCACUGGUUCAGCUGGGGCCAGAGUGGUAUGGCAUGCUGUACUCUCAAGCAGACAGCAAAAAGAAAUCCAACCUGAUGAUGUCUCUGUUUGAGCCUGGUCCCGAGCCUCUGCCUUGGCUGGGCAAGAUCACACAUUUGGGACCAAUAUCAGAGGCUGCUGAAAAUCCCUAUGGAGAGGAUGACAGUAAAAGUCCUUUCCCUCUGCAGCCGCCGGUCAAACGAAGCUACGCCCAGAACGUCACAGUGUGGAUUAAGGCCAGUGGACUGCAGACCGAUGUCCAGAAGAUCCUAAGGAAUGCAAGGAAAUUGCCGGAUAAAACUCAAACCUUCUACAAGGAGUUGAACCGCCUUCGGAAGGCCGCCUUGGCUUUCGGCUUCUGGGAGCUCCUGAAGGGAGUUGCCGACCUGUUGGAGAGAGAGUGCACGCUGCUGCCCGACUCUGCCCACCCGGAUGCCGCUUUCCAGCUCUCCCAUGCCGCACAGCAACUCAAACUGGCCAGCACCGGUGACUCCCAGUAUGCUGCUUUCGAUCACAACAUUGCUCCCAUGCACACAGACUUCUCUAGCUGAGCCUCGUAAAAGACCACGUGCAACGUAGCGUCCUUAGCCUGCGCUUCACGUUUAAAGAAAUCAAAGGGUGCUGCUUCAAUAACCCUGCAUGUGGAACCUAAAAGGAGUUGGAUUGAUAACUUCACUGCCAAUCAUGACGAAAGUUACAUGAGCUGUCUUCUAAGAUGUUAGCGUGUCAUUUUUUUGUAUGUUUUUCCCAAAUUGACCAGAUAAAAUGAUCUAUUCAGUGUUGAAUAACAUUAAACAAGAAACUUAUAAACUGA